AUAUUGACGAGGCCGCACAUUAAUGUCUCUCUUCGCCUCGCUCGGCGCCGCCACGCUCGAGUACAGCACGCGCGAGCGUCGCGCCGCGCUCCGCCGGCCGCUCAACCUCUGGGACUCGCACUCGCUGAGCGGCUCGAGCGAGGGCUGCCUCUCGCCACAGCAUCGCGGCCAGUCCUCUUCCGACCGCGCAUCGUCCGAAGACGGCGACGAGGUGCCGUCCAGCCCCGGAGAACCGCGCUCGUCGGUCGGCGACGUGCUCGGCCUCCUCGCGUCGCUGGAGCCGCUCCUCGCGCUGACGCACGCCCUCGCGCUGGAGCGGGGCACCACGACGGGGUGGGUCGCGAGCUGCGGCACGAAGCUGGCGCAGGCGGCGGCGACCCGUCGCGCCGUGACGGACGCCGCACUGGCGGCCGCGCCGGGCGACCACGCCAACCUCGCCGCUCUGCUCAGCCGCUGCCGCACCUCGGCGGACCGCGACGUCGCUGCGGCCAGCAAGGGUUCAACGAGCGCGGCCGAGGAGGGGGCGGCCUUUGUGGCGACGAUGGGCGGGUACAACGCGCUGGCGUACCAGGCGCUGGCGGUGCUCUCCGAGCUCCCCGCGUGCGCCGCCGCCACCGCCGUCUCCGAGUUUGCGGCGCUCAAAGAGACGUUUGCGCAGAUCCGCGGCUAUGUGACGGGGGCGCUGCUGCUGCGCGACGCGGCGCUCGCGGCGGUGCACGGCCAAGUCAAGGGGAGCCUCGUCAUAGCGUUUCACCGCCGCCGCGCGUACGCGCGCUCGAUCCGCCACCAGACGCCGCGCCGGCUGCUGCGCCUGAUCGGUGCGGGGCUCGAGCUGCCCGCGGGCUUGGCGCAGGUCGUGCAGCGCCUCGAGGUGGAGUGCGACCUCGUGGCCCUGCGCGCCACCCUCAAGCCGCAGCAGUGGUGGGGUCUCGUCACCGCCCACAUCGACAGCCUCGAGACAAUGCAGCACCUGCUCCUGGGCGCGUGCGCGCGGACGGCGCAGCGACGCGCCGCCGCCGUCGCGCUCGGCGCCGGCGCGCCCGCCGCGCCGCUCUCCACCGGCCCGCGCGCCGCCUCGCCGCGCCGCCGCCCCUCCCUCCGCCAGCUCAGCGACGACGAGCCGUCGGCCGGCUCGGUUGGCUCUGUCGGCUCGACGUGCUCGGCGGGUUCGGGCCCGGCGUCGCCGCCCCGCGGCGGCCACCUUCCCCGCGCAGCCGACUCGUACACGCGCCUCUUUGGAAGCCCGGGCUACACCGACCCGCCCGCGCUGCACCGGCGCCCGAGCGACCCGCUCUGCCGGCCGGCCGGCGGCAGGCCGGCAGGAGGCGCGUCGGCCGCGCCCGCGACGCUGCUCCAAGCCGCCGCGCUGCUGACGCUCGGCCGCGCGGCGGUGCGCCACGGCGCCGACGGCGCGAACGAGCUCGCCUCGCGCCUGUCGCAGCUCCCCGCCCGGAGGCUCAAGGAGUCACUCCUCGCGCUGGUCGACGAGCGGAUGGCGCGCCACUCCGCCUCGCCCUCGCCCAACGCGUCGCCCGUGGUGACGCGGCUGCACGGCGCCGCCGGCGCCGAAAACACGCCGCCCGCCUCGCCGCCCGCCUCGCCGCGGAAGUCGCCUCCGAAGCCGGCGCUGCCCGAGGCGGCGCUGCUGCAGCCGCCCGACGGCGCGCGGCUGAUCGGCCUCUCGGAGAUCCUCUUUGCGCACCGGAUCGGCGAGGGCGGCGCCGGCGCCACCUACCUGGCGCAGUGGAACGGCGCGACCGUCGCUGUCAAGGUUGCCGGCGGCGUCUGCAAGUGGCUCGAGUCGUGGCGUGCCGAGGUGGCUGCGCUGACCGAGCUGCGCCACCCGAACGUGGUCGAAUUCCUCGGCUGCGUGGUGGAGCCGCCCACGCACUGCCUCGUGCUGCAGUUCUGCGAGGGCGGAGACCUGUACGAGGCGCUCCGCAGGCCGACGCCCCCGGGGCUCGCCCUCAAGGUGGGGCGCGGCGUCGCGGCGGGGAUGCUCUACCUGCACAAGAAGAACUACAUCCACCGCGACCUCAAGUCGUCGAACGUGCUGCUCGACGCCUCGGGCACCGCCAAGCUGAUGGAUUUUGGGCUCUCUCGCCAGCUCGAUGUCGACGCGGAGGAGCAGCUGACAGCCGAGACGGGCACCUACCGCUGGAUGGCGCCCGAGGUGAUCCGGCACGAGCCCUACUCCGCCUCCGCCGACGUCUUCUCGUACGCGAUGCUCUGGUUCGAGCUCAUCACGCACGAGGUGCCGUAUGCCGACCGGCCGCCGCUGCAGGCGGCCGUCUGCACGGGGCUGCAGGGCUUGCGGCCGCCGCUACCCGCCGCGACGCCGCCCUCGGUCCGCUCGCUCAUCGAGCGCUGCUGGGCGGCGCCCGAGGCGCGGCCCUCGUUCGCCGAGCUGGUGGCGCUGACGGGCGAUCUGGAGCCGGCGCUCUCGCAGGAGGAGCGCGCCUGGCUCGACGCGCCGGCGGGGCACGCGGUGUCGUACGACGAGAUGGCGCCGCCCAGGCCGGAGAACCAGCCGGGCGAGCGGCCGGCCGCUGCUUGCGGGGACGCUGGGGCGGCGUCGGAGGGCCCGCCGCCGCCGGCCGACUUGGCCGUGGCGGUGGCGCUCGCGGAUGGCGCGCGGGCGCGCCGGAGCAGCGGUUCGCAGAUCUGGUCCGUGCCGGUGUGCGAGCCGCCGUGAGGGGCGGGGCGGGGGCGGGGGGGUCGUGAGAAGGGGGCUUAGGGGAGGGGGAGGCUUGGGUGUUGCUCACGCCGUGUGCAACGGCCGGGCCGCAGACCCGCAGUGCGCCGAGUCGCUCGCGCACUGUCCGCUGGCUCUGUCUUUUGUGUGUGCCCGCUAAGAAACCACACACGCGAGUACGUACGGCUUUACGCC